GAAGCAGAGGGGCUCGGGCCGGAGCGUGAGAUGCUCGCGGCGGUGUCGGGACUGCGUGGGGCCGAACCUGGGGGUUACGUGUGCUCUCUCCACCACUGAUCCCAGCAGAAGUGCACAGUGCAGCCGUGUGCCUCAGGCACCCCACACAGGGAUUCAGACCAGGGUCCAAACUCUGCUGCUGCAGUGGCACCAGGGUACAGAAGCAGCAGAGCCCCGUGCCUGACAGCAUGGCGGGGGGUGCGGGGCGAGCCAAGAAGCUGGGCACUCUGCUCUCAGGGCUGCUGGAGUGCGGUGCUUUCUGCGGCAUCAUCUUUGGCUGGGCCUCCCUCGUCUACGUCCUCAAGAACCUGGGCUACUUUAAGCAGUGGUGCGAGUCCUCGGCCAGCCUCAACCCCAAUGGGACGCUGCAUCCCGACUGCAGCGGGCAGGAUGAGCAGUUCUCCUUGGUCUUCACUAUCGGCUCCUUCAUGAACAACUUCAUGACUCUCCCCAUGGGCUACGUCUUCGACCGCUUUGGCACUGCUGUUGCCCGCCUCAUCGCCAUCACCCUCUACACUGGUGGGACCCUGCUUGUUGCCUUCUCCACGCCAGACCUAGCAGUGCUGCUCUUCCCGGCUAUGUCAAUGCUGUCGGUGGGCGGCAUUCUCCUCAUCCUCACCAACAUGCAGGUGGGGAACCUCUUUGGGAAGUACCGCUCCAUCAUCAUCACCCUCUACAACGGGGCCUUUGACUCCUCGUCUGCCAUAUUCCUCAUUAUCAAGGUGCUGCAUGAGCACGGACUGUCCCUGCGGACCAUGUUUCUCUUCAUGGCAGCCUGCAGCGCCUGGCACCUGCUGCGCACCAUCUUCCUCAUGCCCCGCAUGCACAUCCCUUACCCGCUGCCACCUGCCUACAACUAUGGGCUGUCAUGCCCAGGGCGCUCCCAGUCGUACCGCACCUAUGAGGAGAAGCGCCCGCCGGAGGAUGAUGGGCCGGAGGAAGUGCCCCUGGAACCCAGUGCCCCAAAAGGCAAUGCAGCUGUGGAGCCCUUCUGGCCCUGUGUGCUCUCAUGGCUCUUCAUGUGGCACGUGGUGUGGCUCUCAGUCAUGCAGCUGCGCCACUACCUCUUCAUUGGUACCCUCAACCCACUGCUCGACCACCUGGCCUUAGGCAAUGAACACCUGGUGAGCAUCUACACCAACGCCUUCGCCUUCACCCAGCUCUGUGGGGUGCUCUGCGCUCCCUGGAACGGCCUCAUUCUCGACUGCCACAAGCGGAACAAGGCCCAUCGUGCUGAGGGAGCCCAGGGGGCACUGGCUGACCUACGGGCAUCCGUGCCAUCACUGGUGUUAACGGUGACGCAGUGCGUGCUAUUCUCCAUCUGUGCUGCCGUGCCUAUCCUGCCUGUGCAGUUUGUCACAUUCGUGCUCCAGGUGAUCAGCCGCUCCUUCCUCUAUGGGGGCAACGCCGCCUUCCUGGCCAUCGCGUUUCCUCCACAGCACUUUGGGAAGCUCUACGGGCUGGCCAUGGCCCUGUCGGCGCUGGUGGCCCUGCUGCAGUAUCCCUGCAUUGCCCUGGUGCAUGGAGCGCUCCAGGGGGACCCUUUCUAUAUGAACGUGGGGCUCAUCGCCGUGGUGCUGCUGGCCUACGUCAGUCCUGUGGUGGUGGCCCGUGAAUGCCGGCGGCGUGCCAAGGAUCUGGAGGCUGCCUCAAGCCCCCUGGAGGCUUCCGCAAGUGCCGAUACCCCCGCCCAGACACCCCAUUGAGCCCUGCACUACCAUCCAGCUUUUUUCUACUGGACUUUGGGGGAGGGAUGGGACUGUGCCGGGGGGCACACUGAGGGGUGGGUGUGCUUGGGAUAG